AGCCGACAGCCUCUAUCAAAAACAGGCAGCUAAGUUGCGUUAGCUAGCCCUUCUAUCUAACAGUUGGCCCGCAGCUGGCUGAUCGUCACUUCAACUUUUAGGAAGCAACUUUUACAACAACACGAGUUGGUGAACGCAGUGGGACAGACCGAGUUCUCCUCCAAAAGUCAUGGCGUGUGGAGCCACCCUGAAGAGGACCAUGGAUUUCGAUCCGCUAAUGAACCCUACGUCCCCCAAAAGACGAAGAUGCAUUCCCGUAUCCCCGUCGUCCUCAUCCCCUAGGAAGUACCUUAGCAUGGAGCCCUCGCCAUUUGGGGAAUCGUCGUCCAGACUUAGUGCAGAACAAAUCCUCAACAGCAUCAAACAGGAAUACAAACGCAUUCAGAAGAGGAAGCAUCUAGAUGGAGGCUACCAACAGUCAGAGUGCUGCUAUUCUCCAGAAUCCCCAUCCCAGUCGUCUACUAUGAAUGUUUCCAGCAUUCCAGGAACAUCCUCUGGAGGGGUCUCUCCAACUAGAAAAGAACAGCCACUAUUCACCCUCAGACAAGUGGGAAUGAUCUGUGAACGCCUGCUGAAAGAAAGGGAAGACAAAGUCCGGGAGGAGUACGAGGAGACCAUGACUUCAAAAUUGGCUGAACAAUAUGAUACCUUUGUGAAGUUCACACAUGAUCAGUUAAUGCGACGAUUCGGAGAGCAACCUGCAAGCUAUGUUUCCUGAGUGUGGCACAGAAUUUUUUGCAAGACGGCCUUCUCUUGCUGCAAGCUAUCACGUGAUAUCUCAAGAAAGGAAAAAAAAAAAACUCGUCAUUGUAAGAGAUUCAGUUUAGCUAGUUUAAAUGAAACUUUUCUUACUGUGCCAUAUAUCUGUCUUUGGGCAAAGGUUUAUAUGAAGCUGUUGUCAGUUGUUACCACUCUGUUGUAAGCAACUAGGUGCUUCCUAAUGUAAAUGAAUGGACCCUAUCUCUACCAGUGGCCUAUGUUCCUCCAGCUGUACGUGUAUCUACAGUUAUCUCACUUUUGUAAUGAUUCCCAGCAUUCCAGGCUUUGUCACUUGUUUCCGUUUGUUACAUGUAAAUACGAUAAAGCAGUGCAGAGUUUUACACAAAGUUUGCUGGUCAAUCUGAAAGGAAAUGGAAGAAACACAAGUUGAACAGAGAGAAUAUGUUUAGAGUUAAUCCUCUGUUAAUUGCUUUUUUAAAAUUGAGCAUAAAGUGGGCUAAUUUGCUUUUUCCCCCCCCUCCUUCCUACCAGUGUUUUAUUUAUUUUGAGUUUUGUUCUGCUGGUAUCACUUUGAAACAAAUGUACUUAUUGGAAAAAACAAUAAAAAUCUUUUAAGAGUU